AUGGGGCGCUGCCAUGGCGGACUGCUUAUUUCCCCUAAAUCCUCAUUGGUCACCGCACAUGGCGACAUGUGCAGCCUUCUGGAAGGGCAGGUGACCGUACGAAACAGAAUGAACGAACAACAAAAUCAAAAAAAUUCGGAUAAGGCCAUAAAGAAGACGGACAAACGGACGGACACAGACACAAAACGAACGGAUAAACGGACGCACCCAUUGACACAACAGAUGGACAAAUGGACAACUCGGACCGACACCAACGAACUGAGGAAGUUGGGAACUCCCUCAGAGGACGAACUCUUGGCCUCCAGCCAAGAGACGGUUGAUGGCAAAGCUGUGGGCCACAGCACGCCAUCAACAUCCAAUCAACCAUCCACAUCCGCUGAUGCCAAGGGGCAAAAGCGCCAAAACACUAAAAAAGGCCCGUCCAGGUAUAAGCUUUACCAGAGGUCUCUGACUAUUCUCGGAAGAAUAAAUAAAAAUGAGGCUGAAGGUAAAACUCAUCCAAAGGACGCGGCCGAUAAGGCAAGGUGCCAAAAGGUGGUCGAUGAGUACCGGGCGUUCCAGGCCACCCAGAAGGCAGAAGCCGUAAAACGCAAUCGUUCGCAGGACGAAAGCGACAAACCAACGAAGAAGCAUAAAGUGUCGGUACACUCUGCUUCAAUACCAAAACCAACCAAACGCUCAUUUAAUGAGGUGGCACGGGAUCACCUGCAAAUAGCUUUGGUUGAUGAAAUAACAAACCGCGGCAAACCUGCAUCGGAUAAGUGGUCCGAAAUCGAGGCACGGCUGUCACGCAUUGUCGUCGAUCAUGUCAUGGCAAACCCGGAGGGUCAUGUGCCAGGAUUCGAUUCAAUGGAGGUGGUCCGCGGAUACAGGGUGGUCAAGUGCGAUGAUCAACUCUCCCUUAACUUCCUGCAAACAGUUGUGGGCAAGAUCCAGAGCGACUGGGAAGGUUUGAGGCUCAAACUAAUCCCGGCCAGCGAAAUCCCUCGACGGCCGAGGGCUCGCAUCUAG